AUGGCCAACAUCCAGCAGACCCAGGCCUUCUACUCACUCACCCUCGAGCCGCCAUCCUCCAUCACCUCCGCCGUCCUCUGCAGCGUGAUUCCUGGGCUCAAGGCCAGCGACCAGCAAAUCUUCGAAGCCCGUGGCCAGCACAUCUCGCUGCACCGCAUAUCUCAGAAUGCCGACGGCACUGAUCGCAAGAUCUCGACAGUCCUCGAUCAAGAUGUCUUUGGUAUCGUCAAGGGCCUGGCUGCCUUCAGAAUUCCCGGAACCCCGACAGGUGAGUUCGAAUAGUCCCCCAAGUCUGAAGACCCGCAUAGUGAUGAGCAGCUGCUGCAGCGACCCGACUACGCCACAGCCAGCGAGAAGUUCAGCACUUGAUCUGCCUCGGGUAGCUGUCGAUCGACUCUCGCGACUAUCAUGUUUGAACAGACUUCAAAAUGCUUUCUAAGACAUCGCUGACUCUUCUGCAGAUCAACUUGUAGUUGUCUCCGACUCUGGCCGAGUGGCCAUGCUCACAUACGAUGCCGAGAAGAAUCGAUUCAAUCGAAUCCACCUAGAAACAUACGGUAAGUCGGGUGUACGACGAACAAUACCAGCACAGUAUUUGGCGAGCGACGGUCGCGGGCGAUGCAUGAUGAUAGCGAGUCCGGAGAAAAACAAGGUAGUGUACAUGUUGAAUCGGCAUGCGGACGGGCAGAUCAUCAUAUCGAGUCCGCAUGAGGCCAAUACCUGGGCGACCUUGUGUUUUGCAAUCUGUGCUUUGGACACAGGAUGGGAGCCUCCCGUUUUUGCAGCUUUGGAGGUGGAGUACUCAGAAGCGGAGGGCGACCCUUCAGGCGAGCAGUAUGAGAAUCGAGAAAAGCAGCUGGUCUAUUAUACUGUGGACAUGGGCCUGAACCAUGUCGUGAAGAGCUGGAGCGAGACCGUGGACUACACAGCCAACAUUUUGUUUGGUGUUCCUGGUGGCCAAGAUGGACCCUCUGGAGUUCUGGUCUGUGCCGAAGACCGGAUCUACUAUCGGCAUGACAAGCACCCUCCCUUGUCUAUUCCCAUUCCACGACGAAAAGGUUCAAAUGAAGACACAUCCAGGAAGCGGAUAAUUGUUGCUGGCUGCCUACAUCUCUCCAAAGCCCGACAUGAGUUCUUCUUCUUCCUGCAGACCGAUGAUGGCGAUGUCUUCAAACUCGACAUGGGAAUGGAGACAGACGAACGAGGAAACCCGACCUUGAUCCCGGAACGCAUCAUUCUGAAAUACUACGACACUCUCCCUGCGGCCAAGCACAUGCUUCUGCACAAAAAGGGAUUUGUGUAUAUAGCUGCUGAGAAUGGCAACAACCAGUUGUACCACAUCGACGACCUGGCAGAUGAUCCAGAGUUUGAGCCCCACAACACCUUCACGUCCGAUGGUGUACCGGUCGAUCACACGGACAGCUAUGAGCCCACAUAUUUCGAGCCCCGCGGCCUCACCAUGGUGACUUUAGCGGUAGACAUACCAGGCUUGCACCCGCUCAUGAAGGCCAAAGUCGACAAUCUCACCUCAGAAGAUACAUCGCAGAUCUAUUCGAUCCAGGGUGCAGGCAACCGCAGCAAGUUCCAAACCAUUAGACAUGGCCUCGAUGUGGAAGUUAUUAUCAACACUUCCAUGGGUAGUGUGCCGUACGACAACAUCUGGACCUUCAAGCACCGCGCCAGUGACAAUCAGCACCGAUACCUGCUGCUGUCCAGCAGCUACGGAGAUCUUACUGUAGCUUGUUCGAUCACGGAAUCGGUCGAGCAGCUGGAGGGCUCAGCGUUCUUGGAGAAUCGUGCUACGAUCCAUGCACAACAGAUGGGAGAAGACACAUUGGUGCAAGUUCAUGCGCGGGGCAUCCGCAGCAUUCUUGGACGCGGCACCGUCAAUGAGUGGCAGACGCCACAGCAUCGUACCGUAUCCUGUGCUUCUGCGAAUGACCGCCAGUUGCUCCUGGGAUUGAGCUCGGCCGAGCUUGUCUUCUUCUUCAUGGAUGACAAUGGCGACCUGCAACAACUGGAGGAUAUGCCAGAGAUGCAGGGUAAGAUCACAGCCCUUGCCGUUGGCCGCACACCAAAAGGCCGACAGCAAGCCAAGUAUGCAGUUGUUGGAUGUGACGACCAGACCAUCAAAGUCUUAAGUAUUGAGCUCGAUUCGCCUUUGGAAACUCGAAGCAUGCAGCUCCUCACCGCGGUACCGACGUCGCUAGAGGUUGUCGAGAUGCUGGAUCCCCAAUCGAACACGACUGUCAAUGUUGUUCACAUUGGCUUGGAAUCUGGCUUGUACCUGCGAGCCGUCAUCGAUGAGACGACUGGCGAACUGGGCGACGUUCGCUCUAAAUUCCUCGGAAUCAAACCGCCGGUCCUCUGCCCAGUCGAAGUCAACGGCGAAGACUGCGUCCUCGCUUGUUCCACUCGGCCCUGGCUAGGCUACAACCAUCCUCAGAGUCGGGUGUACACGCUCACCCCUCUCAUAGCAGAACCAGUGCUAGCUGGAACGUCGUUUAUAAGCCCGGAACUGCAAGGACUAUGUGCUAUUCAUGGUCAGUCUUUACUGAUCUUCUCAAUUCCAUCCGUCGAAGGUCGCCUGUCCCGCACCUCCAUCGACCUCAACUACACGCCCACUGCAAUGGUCCGAAACCCGUGGUACCCGAUCUGGUAUACGGUGCAGAAGGAUGGCAAUACGCUUUCCAAGGCAAUUCGUGACCAGACUCGUGGCAAGUCUAUUGACGAUGACGAGCAGGCAUUGGCCUUGGAGCGACAUCUAGGACUGCCCAAGGGACCUGGCCACUGGGCAUCCUGCAUUCAGGCCAUCGAUCCCGCCUACCGGAACGAGGUGACUUCGACAGUGGAAUUGACUGAAAAUGAGGCCGCGCUGUGUUGUUGCUGCGUGCUUUUCGAGUCGCGGGGCUGGGAAACUCUCUACCUAGCUGUCGGUACAGGCCAACACAUGCAGCCUGGCACAGGAAUUCCCAGCGCCGGAUAUGUACACAUUUACAAGCUGGUCGAUGAAGGCGCGAAGAUGGAGUUUGUGCACAAGACCAAGUUCGACCAGCCAGUCUACGCCUUGGAGUCAUUCAAUGGCAGACUAGCGAUUGGUGUUGGUAACGAGCUCUUCAUCUACGAUAUCGGAAUGAAGGCUCUGCUUCGGAAAGCUCGUGCAGCUGCUGUGAAGAACGUCAUUGUCACCCUGCAGUCAAUGGGCGGCAAUCGAAUUGCUUGCGGCGAUAUCCAGAAGGGGGUCACCUUCGUUGUUUACAAGCCCAAGCACAACCGUAUGAUUCCAUUCGUGGACGAUGUGGUCAACAGAUGGACUACGUCGACUACUGCGCUCGACUACGAAACGGCAGCUGGCGGUGAUAAGUGGGGUAACAUCUGGAUCGUGAGGUGUCCCGAGCAGGCGAGCAAGGAGGCCGACGAAGAGGGUGCUAACGGCUACAUUAUCAAUGAGCGAAGCUACCUCGGAGGUACACCGUACCGAUUCGACCUACGCGCUCACUUCUUCGCGAGCGACAUCCCCAUGAGCAUGCAGCGGACAUCUCUGGUGGCUGGAGGCCAAGAGGUACUCUUCUGGGCGGGCAUCCAGGGCACCCUGGGCAUGUUCGUGCCGUUCGUCACACGCGAGGAUGUGGAGUUCUUCACGGCGCUGGAGCAGCAGAUGCGCGCCGAAGAUCCUCCACUCGCUGGACGCGAUCACCUGAUGUAUCGAUCAUACUACGUCCCAGUCAAGGGCGUCAUCGACGGUGAUCUCUGCGAGCGAUUCAUGGCUCUCGGCUAUGACAGCAAGCAGAAGAUUGCUGCAGAGGUGGAUCGUGAGGUCAAGGAGAUUGAAAAGAAGGUGCAAGAGAUGCGGACAAGAGUGGCCUUCUAG